AGGCGAAUAGGAGCUGGGGGCUUUCACCGACAUAACUAAAAGGUCUUUUUUGGUGAUUGAGGGGACCCUGAGCGGCCUAGAGCUUCUCCCUCUGCCCCUCGGUUGGCUUUGACUUGUCUGACCGGCGCUGGCUGCCGUCAUCCCCUCAAUUUUAUUUAUAACCGACAAGAAAAUUGGAUGGGACGCACACGCGGGCAAGACAAUCCCGGAAAUAACAUGCGUACUCGCAGCCUGUCACGUACGCUCACUGUGGAUUUGCAUUGCUGUAGGCUGCCGUAGAUAUUCAAAAUGCAAACAAAUAACCAUACUGAGGGUGAUAAAUCAGAGUAAUGGGUGAAAUAAAUGGUACAAGUGGGGGGAAACUUGGACAUGAAACUUCCAGUGGCUGUGGUAAGAGAAAGCAGCGGCUCAGCUAGAAAAUGAAGGGAGGACGUGAAGUACGUGCGCAUCCAGCAGAUGACGAGAUGAAAUGGAGAGCUUGGGACACACGGACCUUUUAAACCCAAGCUCUUCCCGCGGACCCGUCGCUGUGUUAGCCUCGCAGGAGAGGACGACCGGGCAGCAGCUGGAGAUCCACCACACGUACCGGGCGGACAUGGGGCUGAACGGCUUAUGCGCGGCGCCGGUCGGGAGCCCCACAGCCGCAGAGCUACUGGCAGGUCUGGCCUCCCAAACCGACUCCCCCGGAAUCACAACCCCGACGAAGCACACUAAAACCGGCGUGCCGCUCUAUAACGGCGGGGUGGUGUCUCCGUCCGCCACCGUGGAGGGGAGCCACGCAGGCGCUUUGGCUCAAACGCCGAACGGUUACCCGGCACAAAGUAAUGGGAUUGCAGGGAUUUCUGACGACUCUAUGUACCCCCUCAGCAGCAAAGCCUGUCUGGUGCAAAAUGGGGACAGACCAGUUCAAGACAAGUGUCCUUUGGUUAUAAGGAGAAUUAAUGGUGACCUUAAAGUCAGACAGGUGCAACAACAAAAGCGGAGGGGUGGGGAGAACAGGGACAUGGGGUCAGAAAGUCUAAAUGGACUCUUUUCAGGGUUGGGUAGCUCUGUGGACCCGGAUUAUGCUUCAGGAGAAUCUGAUAUAAAGAGGAGAAGGCUGGCAGAUGGAAGUGUUGCUCAUAAAUCUGCAGAGGCCUCCAGAGUGGCCAGAGGAGUUCCGGGCCCAGUCAAUGGAAGCAUCCAACCCCCACAGAUGAGUAUCAAUCAUGUGCACUGUGUCUUACCUCAGUCUCCCUUUACCAAUGCAGUCCAUCACACUAACCAGCACAAUGAACUUAAGGUGGCAUCCCUGGGCCUACCUGCUGCACCCAGCCAGACCUCACCUCUGGAGGCCAGCAGGAUGGUCACCCCACCGUUGCCUGCUGGGGCUGGCUGGUCAGCAGAACGCAUAGCCCAGCAGUAUAUCGUCCCCUGCAUGAAGUACUACGGCAUCUGUGUGAAGGACAACUUUCUGAGCCCUCAGCUGGGUGACAGGGUUCUGGAGGAGGUGGAGGUUUUAAACCGCAGUGGAAAAUUUCGAGGGGGACAGUUGGUGAGCCAGAAGAGCAUCCCUUCGCGAAGCAUCCGGGGGGACCAGAUUGCCUGGGUGGAGGGAAGGGAACCCGGGUGCGAGAACAUCGGGGUGUUGAUGGCUCACAUUGAUGAGGCCGUCAUGUACAGUGCUGCCAGUGGACAGCUAGGGGACUGUGUCAUCAACGGACGCACUAAGGCCAUGGUUGCCUGUUACCCAGGUAAUGGUGCUGGCUACGUCCGCCAUGUUGACAACCCAAAUGGUGACGGACGAUGCAUCACAUGUAUCUACUAUCUUAACAAGAACUGGGAUGUCAAGAAACAGGGAGGAAUGCUGCAGAUCUACCCCGAAGGCAAAAAUGUGGUGGCCAACAUCGAGCCUCUCUUUGACCGGCUGCUCAUCUUCUGGUCUGACCGCAGGAACCCACAUGAAGUUAAACCAGCCUAUGCCACUCGCUAUGCCAUUACAGUCUGGUACUUUGAUGCAAAAGAGAGAGCAGAGGCGAAAGAGAAGUACAGAUUGGCAACAGGACAGAAAGGUGUUCAAGUGCCUGUCACUCAAAACAGCAGGACAUAAGUCUCAUCUAAUCACUGGAGAGCAUUAUGUGCCUUCCUGCUAAUGGACGUCAUGACCCUAAAGGGAGACGCCGCUGAACUGUCAGUCGAUGCUGCAGCUCCAUGUCGCUCUUUCAGUGUCUGCUGUCACACACUGACAUCACAAGCUGCGGUGUAAUGUCUCCAGCCACAUAAUUGGGCUUCUGAUCAAAGAUACUGCACAUUAAGAGCACAAACCAAUGGACUGUAUGGCAAAGGGGACAUGACAAGAAGAAGAGGAAAUAAAAGAUAAACUCUCUUUCUUCUUUAGACAUCUCACCGAAUCAUCAAAGAAGACAACUGAAAAACUGACUCCUUGAUUUUCUUUUGUUGCAGUUUUUCCUGUUCAUUUACUAGUGAUGUUGUGAUGUACUGAGAAAUCAUUGUUUUAAUCUGCGUGCUCUGGCGUACUUUCAAUAAAACCACAAGGAACUUAAAGUAUAUGAUGACAGUGGACAGACAGUGGGGAAAAGAGAGAUAAAAAUCCAAAUUCAAUGAGAUAAUGUCCCUUUUUCUCUGAAAUUCGUAAUUUCCCCUGGUCUGGGAAGUGGUCCCUUUGUCUCAUGGUGUGGUCAUUGUAGACAGAGAUGCACAAAAGAAGUAGCCCUAUUGUACUUUCAGCCACAACACAGUGAAACGUUGCCUUAUUGGCUUCUGUUCAGUAAAGCACUUUCCCUAAACAUUACAGGGAUACACUUAAGACACGUAGAAUGAGUGCACAAAGACAACUCUACACUGUAGUUUUUACUCUGUAUAGCACAUCUAGUCGAGUAGUGUUCUUGUGCCACUGCAAUAAAAAAAUUUUUGCAAAAGUUUUAGAGCAACAAAGAUGCUGAAGAAUAGACAAUAGAUGUUCAUUUUAAUCAGUUGCGGUAUGUGUCAUAUGUUUUCGUGAAUGCUUUUCUGUACAUUUAAUAGGUAGUGCUCUCUGGCUGAAACACAUAGAUCACACAUGAGGCAAGAGACAAGCUGUCCAUUAACACAGGGUUUGAUUAAAACUAUUGUCCAUGUUUGUGUGUGUUUGUAUGUAUGUGUGCUCUUAUGACAGUAUGCAGAUUCAGCUUGUCUCUUAACUGUUCUUGAAAAGAUGGAAAAAGUAUGUGUAAUCAGUGCAGAUGCUGUCGCAGAAAGUUGUACUAAACAGUGCUUAGGGGAAUGGUGACCUCACCCAUCCUGUACACUUUACCUGUACAGCAUUUACAGUAAAAAGCACAGACACAAACACACUGUAUUUGAGCUGCAGGUUCAGAUGACAGCCUGUUGGUGUGUGGGGUUGAGUGUUUUUAUGUAAAUGUCUCCAUGCACGUGUAUGUGACAAAUUCCACUGUCUCAGAGAGGAUCGCAGGUAUUGUCUCAGUGUUUGUUAGACUGAUUAAAAAGAAGGUUCUUAAAAAAAUUAAGCACUUUAUUGUUUGAAAUGCCAUGCGUGAAAGAUAGAGGGAAAAAACUAUAACAAAAAAUGUAGAUUAAUGCCUUUAUGCUGUGGAUACUAUGGUCAUUCAAAUGCAAUAGAAACUAAAACAAUGAGAACAACUGAAAAUUGUUUGCCUAAUUUUUGUUUUUUAAUUUUGGAGUAUUUAAUUAAAAUCUGUCUGUUUUGUACACAAGCA